AUGGGACCAUCCUCAGCGGGCCGAGGGACCUGGAAUUACCCCCAAGGCAGCCGGGAACCAGGAACUGCACACGCGCAGGGCGGGCAGUUGCCGGGUGUUGGGGAAGGGCAGGCCUGCAACUCCGAAGCCUUUGCUGUCUCACCUCAUCUCCAAGUGGACCCAAAUUGCUCCUCUUCUACUGGCUGCUCCUGCCCCUGCGCUGGCUCCUGCACAUACAAAGGCUGCAGAUGCACCUCCUGCAAGAAGAGCUGCUGCUCCUGCUGCCCUGUGGGCUGUGCCAAGUGUGCUCAGGGCUGCAUCUGCAAAGGGGCAUCUGGCAAGUGCAGCUGCUGUGCCUGA